AUUAUCGCAUUUCCGAUUGACAUGAACGCAUCAGAGCCUCGGUUAACACUUCCUCCCAGCAGCUCGCUUUUGCAGCCAUUUUGAUUUGGAGCCGCAUCGCCGGAGAGAGGCUGUCUGGAAAAGGUGUGAAUCCAGAGAGGAGUGAUGUGGGACCAGGGAGGACAGCCCUGGCCACAGUGGCCUUUGAGCCAGCAGCAGUGGAUGCAGUCUUUCCAGCACCAGCAAGAUCCAGGUCAAGUGGACUGGGCUGCCCUGGCACAGGCAUGGAUCGCCCAAAAGGAGUCGACGGGAGCAGAGCAGCACAGUAUCCAGCCCAAUGGCCAGGACAUCCCAGGCAUUGAAGCUGUCGGACAGAGUAACCAUGGUGCCUUCCAGGGUGACCCAGCAUUUGGCAGAAUGUGGCAGCCAGAAUGGGGAAUGCAUGGCCAGCCGCCUCCCCCUCCACCCCCUGAACAGGCCUGGAUCCCUCCAGGGUCAGGACCAAUGGAUGUGGUGAACCCCAGUGAGGACAGCAACAGCCAGGACAGCGUGGAGUUCAACUCUGAAGCCCACCAUGGGGUUUACCCCCAGAACAGCCAUGGGUAUGGGGCACAGCCCGACAGCUACGCCAUGGCCCCCAUGGCCAUGAACCAGUUUGAUUAUCAGCAUGGAGCGGCUUCCUCCUUUGCCCCCACACCUGCAGGCUUCCACUCUCCAUACUGGCAGGGUCCUCCUCAGAACAGACGAGAUACCAGACCGCCUGGGUUCAGAGACAGGCCCAGAUCCCCGAUCCAGCUACCAGUCAAACCAGAGGCCCCAGCUCCACUGGAUGCUGUAAAAAGACGCACGCUGCCUGCAUGGAUCCGAGAAGGUCUCGAAAAGAUGGACCGGGAGAAGCAGAAGAAGCUGGAGCGAGAGCGAAUGGAGAAGGAGAGAGCAGAAAUGGUAAAAGACGAUGGCAAAGAGCACGAGCCAGACGAGGAAGGUGAUGGGCCACGAGUGCCCCGCAAGAGUAAAUUUGACAGUGAUGAUGAGGGGAAUGAUGAUAAUGAUGAAGCUGAAAAGAUUUCCAUUAAGAAGGAGUUUUCUGUCAGGAGCCCUUCACCUCCUGUGGAAGACAGUGAACCAGAGAUGACUGAAGAGGAAAAGGAAUUCCAGCUGAUGAUCAUCACAAAAACUCUUCUGACAGAGAUCCUUCUCGAGGUUACUAACGAAGAGAUUCUGCACGUAGCCAGAGAGACUCACAGGAAAGCCACUCGAGCUCCUGCAAAACAGCUGGCACAGUCAAGUGCACUGGCUUCUCUGACUGGUCUCAGCGGGCUGGGUGACUAUGGUUCAGAUGAGAGUGAGGAUGAGGAUGGCCGCAGCAUUCGAGGAUCCGAAUCCUCCGACACAGAUGAGGAAGAGUUACGCCACCGCAUCCGGGAGAAACAGGAUGCUUUCCGCCGCAAAGAGCGGGAGAUGCAGCAGCUGCAGGAAAAACAAGCACAAGAGGCUCUGCUUGCACGCGAAGAGAUGGCGAAGGAGAGAUUGAGCAGAGAAAGGGGGGAAUAUGAAGAGGGUCAGUUGGAAAAUCCACACAAACAGGAAGUAAAAGAGAGGGAGGCAGAGCCCUUAGUAGAUAGGCGUAGGUCUCGUAGUGAGAGGGAAGGUAGUGAGGGCAAGCACUCAGGCAGAGGGAAGGAGCGAUCAGGGAGAGGUGGAAGCGAUUCCCCAGCCAACGGUCGGAGCAGCUCCCGCUCCACCUCAAGCCACAGCAGCAGUCAUUCGUCUUCCUCAUCUUCAUCUUCCUCAGCAUCUUCUCGCAGUUCCUCUCGAUCCUCUUCCCCACGAAGGAAGAGGAGGCGUAGUCGCUCUUCAUCCCACAAGGCCCGUCGGCGCAGCCGAAGCCACAGCUCCCACAGACAUCGUAGUGAGAAGGGCAGGGACAGGAGGAGGAGCAGCGCAGAGCGAUCAGGUCGCCACAAGAAAGACCGCAGUGAUUCCAGGGAGCACAGGAGUCGCAGGAGUAGAUCCAGAUCCAGAGAGAGAGACCGAGACAGAGGCAGGGCUAGAGCCAGAGACAGCCGUAGUCGUAGCAGAGAGCGAGAGAGGGAGAAAGAAAGGGAAAAAGAGAGGAAAAGGAGUCGAGAGCGCAGAGACAGCAGUCACAACCGUAGCAGUAAACACAAACAAAAGGCCUCUAGCAAAGACAGAGAAAGGAGGAGGGAAAGGAGUCGUAGUCAUGAGAAAGACAAGAAAAAGAAGGAUAAAGAUAGAGAAAAAGAGACAGAUAAGAAGAAAGAAAAGCCAAAGCCCAGAGAAAAAGAAAGGGAAAAGGAAAAAGGAAGCUCUGUAGUUGCAGAGGAGAAUGGCAAAUCAAAGAAAAGGAAAGAAAGCGAUUCCUACACAGACUCCCAGAGUGACAAGCGCUCUCGACACGAUAGUAAAGCCAGUAAGAAGGGCUCUGCCAAAGCUAGCAAGAGACACUCAGACUCUGACUCGAGUAGAUCCCCUAGCCCUGAAGUUAGCAAGGAAAAGAAAUCUAAGAAAACCAAACGUAGUCGCUCAAGGUCGACGGAAAAAUCUCACAAGUCUGGUAAGAAGGCAAGCCGCAAACACAAGUCUAAGUCGCGAUCAAGGUCAGCAUCCCCCUCCCGUCGUAGCAGACGCUGAGGAGCACAGUUAACAUCCUGAUCUGUGCACGUUACCAUUUUAAAUUCCAUGAGUUGAGCAGGCUUGUCUCAUUAUAGAGGCAGUUGUGUAGGUGAAACCUCCCUCAUUCAUUUCUUUUAUUGUAUAUAUGUUGUUAUUUUUAAAGUGUGACUGAAGAACAAGACAUUUUGAAUGGUAGGAGUUUUCAUUGGUAUCGUUACGCAGAGUUUAAUAAGACACUAAAAACUCAAGUUGUAUCAUUUUAAAUAAAAAAAAAAACCAGGAUUAACUUUUUUUUUUUCAAACGCUGUUGUAAAAAUGUCCAAUAAAACUGUUUGUUCCUUG